UGGCACGCGUCGGUGGCGCUAUUUUUAGUGUGAUAUGGUUUUGUGGUGCUUCGCAAGUAUAGUUCAGGUUUCAUGAUUUCAUCAGUGCUGUGGCCUUAUCUGGAUAUCAAUUAGCUUCAGAAUUAGCGGGCGGCGUGAGUCAGCCCCGGCGGCCGCCGUCGCCACCGGGAGAGAGCGCCGCCGUCCGGGCGGCCGGCCAGUGCUGUGCCGGUCGCCGCCAGCAGCGGACGCGCGAGACCCGCGCGCCAUGGACGAGCGGCGACAGAGUGGCGGCGGCGAGGGCCGCUGCGUGCUGCCCGAGGGCGGCGCGCGGCCCGCCAUCGUAUACCCGGAGAGUGAGGAGGGCCGCGGCCGCACGCCCGGCGCCUCGUGCCAGGCGCUGCGGCUGGCCGUGGCUGGGCUCAGUCGGCUCGACGACUUCACCAUGGAGGCGAUCGGCCGCGGCUUCUUCUCAGAGGUGUACCGGGUCGUGCAUAAAACUACGGGUCAAGUGAUGGUACUUAAGAUGAAUCUUCGGUCAUCGAACCGAUCGAACAUGCUCAAGGAGGUGCAGCUGAUGAACAAGCUCAGCCACCCAAACAUCCUCAGGUUUAUGGGCGUGUGCGUGCACGAGGGACAGCUGCACGCGCUGACCGAGUACAUCAACGGCGGCAGCUUGGAGCAGCUGGUGCAGUCGCCGGAGUCGCUGGGCUGGCGUUGCCGCACGGCGCUGGCGCUGGACAUGGCGCAGGCGCUGCACUACCUGCACAGUCGUCAGGUCUUCCACCGCGACCUCACCAGCAAGAACGUGCUGGUGCGGCGCAUCGAGGACGGCUCGAUGACGGCCGUCGUCGGCGACUUCGGACUGGCAGCCCGCAUCCCCGACCCGCUACUGCCGAGCCGCCUGAGCACGGUCGGCUCCUUCUGGUGGAUGGCGCCCGAGUGCAUCACCAACCGGCCGUACAACCAGCGGGCGGACGUGUUCAGCUUCGGCGUCAUCCUGCUGGAGAUGAUCGGUCGCCUGUCGGCCGACCCGGACGUCCUGCUGCGCACGCCGUCCUUCGGCGUCGACUACCUGGCCUUCGCCGGCCUCUGCCCGGCGGACUGCCUGCUCGAACUGCUGCUGAUCGCCUUCACCUGCUGCCUGCACGCGGCCAGCAGCCGGCCGUCGUUCGGCGAGCUCGUGCACCGCCUGGAGACCCUGCUGGCGGCGCUGCGCGCGCAGGCGACCGGCGCCGCGCCGCCCGUCCUGCCCACCAACGACCGGCAGCUGUACCGGCGCUCGCUCUCUGACAACGCCCUGGCGCAGCUGAUCCUGGCCGAGACGUGCUCGCCGAGCGACAAGUUCAUGGCGGCGCGCGACCCGGCCUACCGGCCCGGCGACACGGCCAACCCGUUCAACAGCCUGCAGCGGUACCGGCACGGCCGCAAGGUGCUGGAGUACCGGAACCUGUCGCCGGCGUCGCUGCUCUCCGAGUACAGCCAGGAGGAGCUGGCGCGCGGCCUGCCGGCGCUCGCCAAGCGCUCGUCGUCCGUGUACACCGACUCGUCGGACGACGUCAGCAGCGUGGGCUGCGACGGCGAGGAGCGCGACCGGCGCCGGCCCGACCACUACGAGAGGACAUCCGUGCCCGAGCGGCUGGUGGCCGACUGCCGCAAGCUGUUUGACCGGCGGUCGGACGGUGGCGGCGGCGCGCGCUGCCGCCCCAAGCCGCGCGUGCCCAUCUCCGAGGGCACCGUGCGUGACAAGCUGACGGUGUUUGAGAGGAAGAGCUGA